AUGAGCUUCGGUUGGCUGCUCGUCGUAGGAGCCACCUUGGAGGUGGCCACCGGAACGAUAGUUCCACCGUUGUUCGAUUACGACAAUCUGACUCAGUGCCGCGAGCACUACUUCAGCGAAGCUGUGUUUUGUUACGUGAAAGUGAUUACCAAGGCCGACGAUCCGUUCCGCAGCAUCCACGACCACAAAGGUACCCGCUUGGUGCAGCAAUUCAGGCGCAAUCUGCUGGAGCACGCCAUCUGUGUGCAGGACUGUGAACAGGAAGUGGUGCGACUCAGCUAUGAGGAACAGAAACGACUUUACUAUGAUGAAUUUCCGAUCGAGUUCAGGCACAUGUACAAUACUUUGCAUUGGGAUGACGAACUGCAGCCGUACUUGCAAAACUACAGCAAGUUGAUCAACAUUUGCGUAAAUAAUCGGCUGGAGCGACGCUACAAUCUUACAUAUCAUGGAUACUCAAAAUCGAAAAGCACAUCAGAUAUCUAUCUGGACUUUGCCUACAUCGACGGACUGCGAGUGGUUAUCAACUUCUUCAUUCUUUACGGUCACUGUAUGAUGGUUCCGCUGAACUUGCCCGUUGAAAAUCCGGAAGAUGCUGAAGCGUGCACAAUUGAAGUUGGUAGCCGUUACGGAACGGCCAUAUUUGCAUUUGCAGUGCAAAUUUUCUUCACCAUCAGUGGACUUCUGCUGAUGGUCAACUUUCUACGGGAUGUUCAUCGCCAUCCUAAACUUGAACCGGGAUAUUUUCGAACGAAGAUCAUAAACCGGUUAAUUCGACUGCUUCCGGUGUACUACUUCUUCUUGCUAGUGGCCACCGUUGAAGCGAUCCUUCCGGGCGUGGAGCUGGGACCGCUUGGGUAUCAAGUGCUGGUUCGGGAGCAGCACAUUUGCCGGAACAAUUGGUGGAUAAACGUGCUGAUGAUCAACAAUCUACCCUUUUACGACACACAGUGCAUGAUGCACGCAUGGUAUCUCGGUGCCGAUUUGCAGCUAUUCUUGCUGGGAGUGUUGAUACUAUGGAUGAUCUGGAAAUUCCCUGACUCAGUAAAGGGACUGUUUUGGGCACUGGUAAUGAUAUCGAUUGCUGUCCCGGUUGGUAUUCUUUACCAUUUUGGAUUGGAAUCCGUCAUGACUUCAAGGCACAGUGAAUCACCCUUUUUAUUCAUGUACGACCCCUGGCUGAGGGAAAUCUACCAACCCAGUUACAACAAUAUCAACAGUCUCGUCGGAGGAAUGAUUGCUGGAUAUCUGUACCACUUGUCGAGACAUGGCAAGCUAAAUCUAGAUGAUUCUUGGUUCUACUACCUCAUGUGGGGAUUCUCCAUCCCAGCCUUCAUUCUCUCCGUCCUUCCAAUCAACCUGUUCUUCGUCUUUGACAUUCCGCGCUGGAGCAUUCUGCUCCAUUUCGUGCUCUUUCGGAACAUGAUCGUGGCCAUGGUAUGUCUGGGCUACAUCAAGUGCUUUCGUUCGCCGAAAGGUUGGAUCCGCCGGCUGCUCAGCACCCGGAUCAUGACCACCAUGGGCAAGCUGUGCUACAGUUCGUACGUGAUCCACGUGCUGGUGAUUCGAUAUCUGAUCAACCUUUCACCGAAGAUGUUGCACUUUUCGAACGAGGAAGUGACCACCCUGACAGCGACCACCGUCGGGUUGUCCUACUUAGUCAGCGUUCCGGUAUAUCUGUGCAUCGAACAGCCAGUAGGAUCGGUGCUCAAAGCUUGGCUCAUCCGAAGUAAAAGUGGGAAGCCAGUUUAG